AUAAGUUCAAAUCUUUUUCAGCAACUUGUCUUCUUCUCCUCAAAUCAAUCAUCUCCAUUUUUUAAAACAAUUUUUUCCUCAGAGCAACUUCAUUUUCUCAGAAAAAGACCCAAAAAGAUCUCUUAAAUUUUCAUAUGAGUAGUACUCAAGUUUUUGAAGUUUAAGGGACCAUGCCAAGAAUCUUCAGUUUCUUUCUCAUCUUCUUCACCAUAGUUAUUUGCUUUACAGCAGGCAACAUUGAAGCACAAACUGGUCAACUUCCUAAAGAUGAAGUGGAAGCUCUUAGAGAAAUAGCUGAUCAAUUGGGGAAAAAAGAUUGGGAUUUUAAGCUAAACCCUUGUGAUGGGAACUCAAAUUGGAGCACACCCAAAAGGAAAGAUAUGCCUUUGUAUAACAAUACCCUAGAAUGCAAUUGCACUUUCCCUGAUAAUCUUUGUCAUGUGGAAAAUAUAUUUCUCAAAGGACAGGAUCUUUCAGGUGUCCUCCCUGCAUCGCUGGCGAAGUUACCAUAUCUGAAGAAAAUUGAUCUCAACCGCAACUACUUAAGUGGUACAAUUCCGCCUGAAUGGGCGUCUACCAAGUUGGAAUUCAUGGCUAUUUCUAAUAAUCGGUUAUCUGGGCAUGUCCCAGAGUACAUAGGAAAUAUGACCUCACUUGUGAUAUUGAGUUUGGAGACUAACUUGUUUAAUGGAUCGUUACCAGCAGAAGUAGGGAAUCUGGUCAAUUUACAGAUUCUCAUUCUCAAAGCUAAUAAUUUCACAGGAGAGUGGCCAGUGGAACUGAAUAAUCUUACGAAAUUGAUUGAACUUAGGAUAACCAGUAACAGCUUUGUUGGUAAACUGCCUAACUUUGAGAGUUGGAAAAACCUCCAGAAGUUAGAAAUUGAAGGUUCUGGAUUUGAAGGACCACUACCCCCAAGUUUUUCUGUUUUGACCAGUUUGGAAGAACUAAGAAUCAGUGACCUCAACGGAGGUGCUUCAGAAUUUCCAUCACUUACAAACAUGACCAGGAUGUCUAAAUUGGUUUUGAGAAGCUGUAAUAUACAUGGGAAUAUUCAUGAUUCUGUAGCUGAAAUGGUCAACUUACGGUUUUUAGAUCUGAGUUUCAACAAGCUUGAAGGAGGAAUUGCGAAUCUCGAGGGUGUGAAUAAGAUGGAGGCCACGUAUCUGACUGGCAAUGAUUUUGUUGGGCAAAUUCCAGAUUGGCUUACUAGUCGAGAUACCAGAAAUGUGAUAGACCUUUCCUACAAUAAAUUUGAUGAAAGCUCUGAACCAUCUACCUGUCGGGACAACCUAAACUUAUUCAGAAGCUUUAAGGUCGAGAAUUUUGUAGAGCGCGGGAAGUGCUUCUCAGCCAGGCCGUGUUCAGAGGACAAGUACUCAUUGCACAUAAAUUGUGGUGGAGGAAAUGUAACUGUUGGAGACACUACUUAUAUAGCAGAUGAAGACUCAGCAGGUGCUGCAAAGUUUGUUUACUGGAAAGGGAACUGGGGAACCAGCAGUACAGGACAUUUCUGGGAUACCGACGUAUCGUUGAAUGACCACAAAGCAAAAAAUGUAUCUGCUAUCAAGGGAGAUGAAUCUCAACUUUACAUGACAGCUCACCUCUCCCCUUUAUCUAUGACUUACUUUGGACGUUGCUUGGCAAAUGGAAACUACACUUUGACACUUCAUUUCGCAGAAAUAGUUUACAGAGACAACCAAUCUUUCCAAAGUCUUGGAAGACGAAUAUUUGAUGUAUACAUACAGGACAAAUUGAAGUUUAAAGAUUUUGAUAUUAAAAGACUAGCCGGAGGAGUUGAUAAAGCUUUGAAAGAAAAGUUUAAUGUAACAGUGAAAGAUAAAACUGUACAAGUGCGCUUCCAGCAUGCUGGGAAAGGAACUACAUCAAUCCCGAUUAGUGGACACUAUGGUCCUUUAGUAUCUGCCAUCUCUCUGGAAGCUAACUUCAAGCCCCCUCCUCCGCAGGAGACCUCUUCUAAUCAGAAAAAGAAGAUUCUAAUUGUAGCUGGAGCAGUGACGUCUUCUUUAGCUCUCGUUUUGAUGAUUUUCUUUGUUGCUUGGAAGAAAAGAAGAAACAGGAAAUUGAUGGAACAAGAAUUAAGAGGACUAGAUCUGCAAACUGGUAUAUUUACUUUCAGACAAAUUAAAGCUGCCACAAGUAACUUUGAUGCUGCAAAUAAGCUUGGUGAAGGUGGAUUUGGAUCUGUCUACAAGGGUACACUAGCAGAUGGUACUAUAAUUGCUGUCAAACAGCUUUCAUCCAAGUCAAGACAAGGGAACCGUGAAUUUGUGAAUGAAAUAGGCAUGAUGUCAGGCUUACAUCACCCAAAUCUCGUCCGACUCUACGGAUGCUGUGUUGAACGGAACCAACUUUUACUAGUUUAUGAGUACAUGGAGAACAAUAACCUUUCCCAUGUUUUGUUUGGUCCUGAAGACUGUCAACCGAAACUGGACUGGCCAACUAGGCAAAAGAUCUGUGUUGGCAUAGCUAAAGGCUUGGCUUACCUACAUGAAGAAUCACCUCUAAAGAUGAUUCAUAGAGACAUCAAAGGAACCAAUGUACUCCUUGACAAAGACCUAAAUCCAAAGAUCUCAGACUUUGGUCUGGCCAAACUUCAUGACGAGGAGAAAACACAUGUCACCACCAGGGUUGCUGGGACUAUAGGUUAUAUGGCCCCUGAAUAUGCACUCUGGGGUUAUUUAACACAUAAAGCAGAUUUAUACAGUUUUGGAGUGGUUGUAUUAGAACUCGUUGCUGGGAAGAACAACAUGAAAUAUCAUCCUGAUGAGAAUUAUGUCUGUCUUCUUGAUUGGGCCCUGGUGGUACAAAAAAAAGCCAAGUUUUUGGAGCUAGUAGACCCAAGGUUAGGUUCCAAUUACGACAAGAAGGAGGCGUUGAGGAUGAUUAAAGUGGCAUUACGAUGUACUAAUCCAUCUCCAGCACUAAGGCCAAACAUGUCUGCAGUGGUGAACAUGCUUGAAGGUCGUUUGAACGUCGAUGAGUCUAACUUUGAUUCAAGUGGCUACGGUGAUGAAUUUAAUUUUCAAGGUUUAAGAGACAAAUAUGAUGAGAUGCAGGUAACUUCUAGUGAAAACCAAUCAGUCUUUUUUUCAACUGACACAAAGGGUACUGAUCACUCUUCUUCUACCUUUCCUUCUACAUCUACCUCUAAAUAAGUCUCCCUGUAUGCUCAAUGUUGUAUUAUAUAAGACGAAAAAACUAUGAAGAAUAAAAUGUUGAUCAUCCCGCGACAUACUUUUCUUAAUGUCAUUUAUUUUGUUUAUAAAAGUUAUGUCUCUGGAAAUUGAGUUUUCCAA